GCGGCGCGGGACGUCGAACUGACGUGCGCCGCGUUCGCGGUGUGGGGGGCGAACACCGCGGUCGGGAAGACGCUGGUGUCGGGAGGACUGGCGCGCGCGGCGCGGAGCGCGGAGGCGGGGACGCUCUUCGUGAAACCCGUGCAGACGGGAUUCCCAGAAGAUUCAGACGCCGCGUUCGUGGCGCGCGUGAGCGGUGGCGUGGAGAGCAUGGGCGAACACGCGGCGGUGGCGGCGGGAGAAACGGCGAGGAAAGGAUUAGAGGGCGAUCGAGGGGCGUGGGCGCACACCGAGUUUGCGUGGCGACGCCCCGCGGGGCCGCACGUGAGCGCGGCGGAGGAGGGGAGAGGCGUUUUAGACGAUGACAUCGUGCGAGCGACGUCGAGAUAUUUGAGAGAAUUCGCGGAAAAAAUGCGAGCGAACGAAUCGGGGCAGCAGCGAGCGUUGGCGCUCGUCGAAACCGCGGGAGGGGUGGCGAGUCCGGGGCCGUCGGGAACGCUGCAAUGCGAGCUUUUGCGCGGGCUACGAUUGCCAGCCAUACUCGUGGGUGACGGGCGUUUGGGCGGGAUAUCUGCCACCACGGCCGCGUACGAAUCACUGCACGCGAGAGGGUACGACAUCGUCGCCAUCGUCAUGGCGGACGAUGAUGGUUUGGCCAAUCACAAAGCCAUGGCAAAGAUUUUGCCGAGCGAAACCCGCGUCUGGGCGCUUCCGCCUCUGCCCCCAGAAGGACAAGCGGACGCUUGGCUCGAAGACUCAAAGCACACGUUCGACGAUUUACUGAAAUACAUCACAAAAUGGCACGACGAUCGCAUCAAAACUCUGCAAAGUCUUCCAGACGAGGCUCUGACGAAGAUUUGGUGGCCGUUUACGCAGCACGCGAUGGUGGAGCGCGACGCCGUCACGGUGAUCGAUGGGAGAUAUGGUGAAGAUUUCGCAAUCUACGCCCAAAACACGCACUCAUCGAAAGAUGGCUCCAUAGUACUUCGCUUUGAUGGUUCAGCGAGUUGGUGGACGCAAGGUUUGAGUCCAGAAUUGCAGCAAGAGUUGGUUCGCACCGCGACGCAUGCGGCGGGACGAUUCGGGCACGCGAUGUUUCCAGAAAACGUGCACCAGCCCGCCGUGGACGCGACGACGGCAUUAUUAGAAGGACCUGGGAAAGGUUGGGCAGCUAGAGCAUUUUAUUCCGACAACGGAUCGACUGCGACAGAGGUUGGGUUGAAAAUGGCUUUUCGCAAGUUUUACGUCGACGCAGGCUUUGUGUCUAAAGACGGCAAUCAGAGAGCGAAAGAUCUCGUCAACAAAGGAGCCGAUGACUUACCUCCGCUGCGAAUAAUAGCAUUGGAUGGUUCGUAUCACGGUGAUACUCUCGGUGCGAUGGAUAUGCAAUCACCGAGCGUUUUUACGGGUCCAAUGCAAACGCCCUGGUACCAACCUCGCGGACUGUUCCUUCAGCCUCCGAGUUUAGCGAUCAGAGAAGGACGUUGGAACGUGGCGUUGCCGCGUGAUGGAUUAUUGAACGACGGCGAUCGACUCUUCCGCGAAGGCAAAGAUGUGGAUGAGAACACCAGUUGGACUAGCAAGGAGGCGGCUUUCAACAUCGCUGCGCUCUUAGAACGCGCCGCGAAAGACGCCAAGGAUAAUAACAUGGGUCACGUCGGGGCUUUAAUCAUGGAACCCGUGCUUCACGGUGCAGGUGGGAUGGUUUUGAUUGAUCCGUUGUUUCAAAACAUUCUCAUGAAGUCGUGCCGCGAGCGAAAGAUUCCAGUCGUCUUGGACGAGGUAUUUGCUGGCAUUUGGCGAUUAGGCACGGAAGGUGCGUGGGAAAUCAUAGGCGAAAAACCCGAUAUUUCGUGCUACGCAAAACUUCUCACUGGUGGGCUCAUUCCCAUGUCAGCCACGCUCGCGACGGCGGAUGUCUUCGACGCUUUUUACGGCCCUGGAAAAGCCCAGGGCUUGUUACACGGGCACUCGUACACGGCAUACCCCAUGGGAUGCGCCGUGGCGGCGAAAGCGCUUUCUAUGUACAAAGACCCCGCGAAAAAUCGCAACGUGAUCGUCUCAAAGUCUUCGAGUACGGGCGAGCCUACGUCGGUGCUUCGCGAGCUCUGGGACGAGGACGCGUUGAAGAAAAUUUCCACUUUGAGCAACGUUCGCCGAGUCAUCGGUCAGGGUUGUGUCCUCGCCGUCGAGCUCGAGGUCGAAGGUGAAGGUGGUUAUAGCUCCAACGCCGCUCGAGACGUCGUCAUGCGUCUUCUUCCCCACUCCAUCCAAGCGCGUCCUCUGGGUAACGUCGUCUACCUCAUGUGCGCGCCGACGACGUCCAAAGACGCGUGC